CUGAGCCCAGCGCUCUGCUCUUUAAAGGAAUAAAGGAUGAAUUUACUGAAUGGAGAUCCGCUGUAACGUCUGCUGAGUUCAGAGCAGCGCUGAACACAUCUCAAGACGGAGCGAUACGAGUGAAAGAUUUACAGGAGGGGUUAGAGUUGACAAACUUUGGAAGCGCAACGAUGUGACGUGCUCGAAACAUUAAAGUGAAAACUCGUGCGGUCAACAGAAGGACAAUCACAAGGUUGGCAGACUGGCACACGGGCACAGAUGAUAGAGGUGAUGGAGGGCAUCACCGCCACAGCAGCAGUGCCCAACACCUGUGUGGAUUGGCAAAAGAGAUGCAUCGCCUUGGAGGAGCAGCUCAUUAGGUUUCGUCUGCAAGCGGGAAACAUUCGACACCUACUCGCUGAAAGGAUGCAAGAGUUGGAGCAAAAAGUGAUAGAGUCUGACCAGAGGGCUGAGAAAGCUGAGAAACAGGUCCUUAUUAUGGAGGAGAAGCUCAAAUCUGCAAACAUGCAACCCAGUGAAUCAGAAAACACCUUGUACAGACAGUAUCAAGAGUUGAGCACCCAAAUGCAGGAGAAAGACAUGAUUAUAAUGAAACUGGAGGGGCAGCUGGAGAAGCAGAACUUGGUUCGUGCCCAAGAAGCCAAGAUUAUAGAGGAGAAGGCUGCCAAAAUCAAAGACUGGGUGACUUUUAAGCUACGAGAGAUGGAAACAGAGAACCAGCAGUUGAAGAAGGCAAAUCUAAAACAGGCAGAGCAGAUCCUUAUACUGCAAGACAAGCUUCAAAUGUUUCUGUCAGCUCUUCUUGAAAGGCCCAUGUCUCCAUUGCUGGAUGCCCAUAUGGUUCCCUCCAGCCCCCUACACCCUCCCAGCUGCCCAGGAACACCUCCUGUCCAGGAAGAAGGAUGGAGACUGACUGGGUCCCGCAUAGCUGCAUCCAUAGAUGGCAAGAGAAAAAUGACUGAAGGCUGUGAUUCUGCUUUUCAUAGUGCAUCCUUACUUCCCACGUUACACGAUAAAGUAGACUCUCCCAAGUCUAGUCAAGAUGAGGUUUACACCUCAGCUUUAGUAAACGAGGGAGGAGAGGGGGCAGAGCUUUCUCUUGGAAUAGGACAUGAGAGAGGAGACCACUCUUCCGAUGAACUCAACAGCAAAUUCCGGUCCCAGCGCCUCCGAUCCUCCUCAUCAUCCUCCUCUUCGUCCUCGGCUUAUGAUACUCCGGAUCCUGGGGGCUUUGACACACCCACCCCAACUCCUAAGAGCCCUCCCCCCGCACCCCUCUCCCCUCCUUUAAUCCGCCUCCCACUGUCAAUCCCCUUCCCUAUGACCCUGCCCUCAGGCACCAGCAUGACCUUACCCAAAGUGCGCACCCCUCUGACACCCCGAGACAGCAUCCAGUUAGUGAAAAAGCACCACAGUCAGCCACAGCCUGGCAUUGAGCGCUUCCACCAGGUGAACGUCAACAUUGAUAUUGGAAACAGCACCUCUCCGUCCUGCCAAAGUGUGGUUUUGCCUUCCACACAUAGGCUGGAGGAGACUGACAUUGAUGAAAGACCUCCAGAGAGCAUGGAGGGGGUGGUGGAAGGAGCAGAGAUGGAAGAACUGUCUUCUGAUGGAGUUGUGUUUGAAGGGUUGGAAAAGGAACUGGAGAUGAUGGAUCCAGAAGCACUUAAGCCACCUACACCGCCUUUGCACAGAUUUCCUUCUUGGGAGAGCCGUAUUUAUGCAGUAGCUAAAUCUGGAAUGAGAGUCUCAGAGGCCAGUCUUGGAACCAAGACUAUUGCAAGAGUGUCCACCCAAGCUCAACACGCUAUUGCUGGCCCCUUCACCGACCUUAUUUAUAAGAACAUGAGCGUCCCUGUGUAUGCCACACUUAAAGGGAAGGCGACUCAAAUAAGCAGUGUCCCUCUCCCUGAUGAUGAUUCUGGAUCAGAGGAUGACAGCAGUUCAUUGGCCAGUCUGCACACAUCCACUCUGGGGCCAGAUAAGAAGGGCAGCACCCCCGGUAGUCCUCGCGCUGUGAAAAGAGGUGUGUCUAUGUCCUCUAUCAGCUCUGAGAGUGACUAUGCUAUUCCUCCAGACGCGUACUCUCUUGACAGUGAUUACUCUGAGCCUGAGCACAAGGUUCAGCGCACAUCCUCUUACUCCUGCGAGAGCGUCGGGCCGGAAACUCUAGAGAAGGCAGGUUACCUGCUGAAGAUGGGCAGUCUGGUGAAGGCAUGGAAGAGACGCUGGUUUAUACUGAGAAAUGGCGAGAUCUUGUACUAUAAGUCUCCGAGUGACGUGAUCCGUAAACCUCAGGGCCAAAUGGAGCUGAACUCCUCGUGUCAGAUAGCCCGUGGAGAGGGAGCUCAGACAUUCCAGUUAAUUACAGAGAAAAAGACAUUUUACCUGGCGGCAGACUCUCCUAAUAUCCUAGAGGAGUGGAUCAGAGUUCUCCAGAAUGUUCUCAAGGUUCAGGCCAGUGGACCCAUUUCUAUGGAUAAGGAGGCCAAGCCUACAGUGCGAGGCUGGCUAACCAAGGUAAAACAUGGGCACUCAAAGCUUGUGUGGUGUGCUUUGAUUGGAAAAGUGUUCUACUAUUAUCGUAACCAUGAUGACAAGUUCCCAUUGGGUCAGCUUCGUGUCCGUGAAGCACGAGUAGAAGAAGUGGACAGGUCAUGUGAUUCUGAUGAGGAUUAUGAAGCAGGUGGGCGGGGCUUCCUAUCCUCUCACUUCACAAUAGUGGCCCAUCCCAAGGAGCAAAGUCCCACCUACCUACUCGUUGGCACUAAACAAGAAAAGGACACGUGGCUGUACCACCUGACCGUUGCGGCAGGCAGUUGUGCCAGUUUAAGAGUGGGCACAGAGUAUGAGCAGCUGAUUGGCAAGCUGCUGGACAUAGAUGGAGACCCAGAUUCAGCCCUGUGGAAACGUGGAGUACUCUGCUUCAGUAAGGAGGGUCUGCGCUCCCCCCUCACCACGCUGCCUUCUGAAGCACUUCAAACGGAGGCUCUCAAGCUUUUUAAGUCAUGUCAGCUCUUCAUUAAUGUGCUGGUGGAGUCUCCCUCCAUUGACUACCAUACCUCGUUGGCCCAGAAUGCACUGCAGGUGUGUUUAACACAUCCAGAGCUCCAGAAUGAGAUGUACUGCCAAUUGAUCAAACAAACCAACUGCCGUACUCCUCACAACUACUCCCUGACACAGUGCUGGCAGCUGUUAUCAUUGUGUGUGGCUCUCUUCAUGCCUCAACAUCACUUUCUUUGGUACCUGAGACAGUACCUGCACCGCAACGCAGAUCCCAGAACUGAAGUUGGAAAAUAUGCCGUGUACUGUCAGCGAUCAGUGGAGAGAACUUUACAGAAGGGCGAGAGAGAGGCAAAACCCUCACGGAUGGAGGUUUUGUCUAUUUUGUUGAGAAAUCCUUAUCAUCACUCUCUGCCCUUCAGCAUUCCUGUGCACUUCAUGAACAACACUUAUGAGGUUGUAGGGUUUGAUGGUUCUACCACUGUAGAGGAAUUCCUGAACACAUUGAAUCAGAGGACAGGUAUGAGGAGGCCCCAGAUUUCAGGUUUUGCGCUAUUUACUGACGACCCCUCUGGAAAAGAUCUUGAACACUGCUUGCAGCCCAGCUAUAAGAUUUGUGACGUUAUCUCCAAAUGGGAACAGGCUUUGAAAGAACUUCAUCCAGGAAAAUAUGAAGGAACUCGGAUUGUCCGUUUGACUUACAAAAGCAGGCUUUGUUUCCGAGCCCAGGCUAAGGGAGAAACCGAACGAGAGCGCCUCCUGCUGGCUUGUCAAGUAAAUGAAGAGGUACAACAGGGGCACUUUCCUGUCAGUAAGGAGCUGGGCCUGGAAGUAGCUGCGCUCAUGGCACAGAUUGAGCAUGGUAAUUUAGAUCGAUCUGCAGUGUCUCCUGCUAGUUCUCCACAGUCGAAGACCCAACAGAUACUUCUGCAGGUGCUAGAGCGCUUUUACCCCAAACGCUACAAGCAGGAAUGCAGCAUGGAACUUCUCAGGGACCUUGCGGUGCGUUUGGCCACUAAGUGGUCUGUUCUGCGUGGGUGCACAGGCUCAGAAUGUGUGAGAAUCUAUCUGACUGUGGCCCGCAAAUGGCCUCUUUUCGGGGCCAAGCUGUUCAGUGCCAAGCCUUUGCCGCCUUCUUCAAUAGACCAAACUCAAGUGUGGCUGGCUGUUAAUGAAGAUGGACUGAGUGUUCUGGAUUACACCAUGCAUCCUUUAGUCACAUAUCCAUACCAGUCGGUGAUCACCUUUGGUGGCUGCAGGGAGGACUUCAUGGUUGUGGUCAGCCAGAUUAAAGACCAGGCUUUGGGCAAGAAGACUGUAGAUAAACUUUUAUUCACAAUGGCUAAACCAAAGAUCCUUGAAAUGACUCUUCUCUUGGCUAGUUAUAUCAAUUACUGGACCUCCAGUUUACCAGGUGCCAGCAACCAGUCCCAAGGCUCUGCACUGGGACCUCAAGAAGACAGAAGGCUAUGGGACAUAGACAGCAAACACUUUCCAUCAAUGACAUACACUACUAAAGGCCCCACUCUUCUAUAAACGCGUCGAUACAUUGACAGUUCUUUAAAAAGACUGCAUGCAGUCAUGUAUAGUUACAUAUGUGCUCUUCAAACUCUAUUAAACUGCAUUGAGAUCAUUUAGUUAUUUAGCAAUAGUAUGAUUCACAGUUGUGUUGGAAAGUUAGUAUUAAGUUCAGUUCAUAAACUGUGAGGAGUUUAUGGUAUGAAGUAAGUAUUAAUUAUUAAGUUCAUAUCAUAAACUAUGAUGAGUUUAUGGUAUGAAGUUUAAUAGUUAAGUAUAUCAUAGUUGACCUAUCAUGUGACAACCCAGUUUCAAGGUAGUUUGUGGCAUUGGCACGACAUUUGGAAUCUAUUUAUUUGUGUUAAUGGACACAAAUUUGCACCUUUUUUCCUGUCACUCAGCACAACCUUUUUCGUGUCACUCAGCACGACUUUCCAUACACCGGUAUGUAUGUAUUUACAUUUAUAAAGUGAUUCUCUGAUAUCAAAAUAACUCGUAUAUAUUUAAGGAGGUGGCUAACCAACACCUUACCUCACCCCAAACCCUAAAAUUGCAGCCGCAAAGGCUAAUUUAAGUAAAACGUGAGUUUCACGAGAUGGCAAAGCGAUGAUAAAUGGCAACCCUAACCCCGCCCGUAAAUCUAACGUCACAGGGGCAAAGUCAAAUCAUUCCAAAACAUACGAAUGAGAUUGUAGGAAAUGGGUAUUCACACGAAUGAGCCACCUUGUAAAAUAUGGAUUGAGAUUGCGUUGAUACAUGUUUAUACAUAUGAAAGAUACCAUGUAUUAAGAUUAGAUUGAAAGUCGUGUUGUGUGACAAGAAAAAAGGGGGAAAUUUUGUGUCGUUGAACAUGAAUUACAGUUUGUGACAAUGUCACGAAUUACUGUGAGACUGCGUUGUAUGUGAAAUUGCACACGUCUUGAUCAGGGUGGCUUUACAAAUGGAGACAUGCUGUAAACCACCCACUGAGUCAGUGUAGCUCCAACUUUGUAUUUGUUGUCUGAAAUACAAAAACAUUGAAGCUUAUUUGGUCUUAACUGGAUGCCUUGUGAAAUUACAGUCAAAUAUUUUUUGUGCAUUUUCUUUAAAUUUAAUUUAAUUUUAGCGUUCUAUGUUUGUUCCGGAUAUUUUCACUGUGUAAUGGUACAUUACUUAAAGGUACUGUACUGUUAGUCAUUGAAGUCUAACAGUGUAUUCACUUUACAUUACACUGAUAAUUAUCUUGAGUAAAUUUACUACAUAUUGUAUGUUGGAAAGAAGCUAACCAACUAGCUAUGGUUAUGCUUGCAUGGUAAACUGUUCUAUAUAGCUCUAAUUUUCUAACUGAGUGUAAUGUGAUUUUAUUGAAAUGGCCAGCUGAAAUGGGGCAUGUCUAGUAACGUGAUGUCUCACAUCUAUAACGGGUUUGAUUCUCAUUUAUUGCAUAACUAAAUUUGUCCAUGCAGGAAAUCACAUGAUAAUCAGCACUAACUCCUUUUUUUUUUAGAUUGUUACAGAAAUCUUUCGUCACAUGCCAUUGUAGUACCACAGCCCAUUCGCACCAAAUGUAAUGCUAAAUCUGAGCCAAACUGUUAGUAGUAAUAUUGAGAUGCAGAAGGACAUAGACACUUUUUAUUCGCAAAACAUUGUCUCUUUUAACAUAAUGACGGAACAUCCCACAUCUGUGUCAACAAAUGUUGACAUGUGCAGGAACGUAUGUUUUCAUGAACUUUGUUACUUGCCAGAGUUUGUCAUUGUCAUGAUUUUAAUUGUUUCUGUAUAUUUUAGCAGUUAGAUCUAAAAAAAUACUUUUCCUAUAUAUUUCUUAUUGUAUCAAUACAAUGCUACAUUGAAAGAUAUAACAUGUUUUAGCUGUCAAAAAGUACAGUGUGAAUUACUCUAAUCUGUUUUGAAAACAGAUCAUUGAAAAAGUUCACUGUAUACCCUUAAUAUUGCCAUUUCAAAGAAAUAAUUAUAAAGAUUAUAGGGAGAUUAUAGGGAGGAAAGAUUAUAGGGAGGAAAUUUUGAAAACAGCUACAAUAAUAAAACAAGUAACUUGAAUUAUUGUAUGAAUUUCUACGAAACCACUGCUUCUGUAUUUUAACUAUUUAUUUUAUCUUUUUUUAACAUGUUUUAGUGUAAUCAACUUCUUUUGUUUUACCAGCUUAGUUAUUUUUUUUAGAAAUUUGAGAAAGUGGUUUAGGUAUUCUUUUGUUACUUUGUCACUGCAAAGAUAUCUUAAAAUGUGGUGGUACAAACAAACUCAUAGAGAUUGUUAUAAAUAAAACAUUCAUUGUGCUGCUGUCUUUCAAUCUGCCAUUUUCUAUUAGAGGUUUAGUAAAAAAAUAUGUA